CUGAAAGCGGAAUAUGUCAGUGAUUGGCCGGACGGAUUUGCAGCGGAGAUCUCCUGAGUGUACGAGGCACAUUACGUCGCCUGUCUCUGUUUUGCCAAAAAAGUCUUCGGCGACGAUGAGCACUUUGGACCGAAUGGAACUGUGUGAAAGCCUAUUAACAUGGAUCCAGACGUUUGGAGUGGAGGCCCCAUGCAAGACGGUAGAAGACCUGACCAGUGGCGUGGUCAUGGCCCAGGCACUCCAGAAAAUAGACGGGUCAUUUUUCAACGACGGCUGGAUCACUAGGGUCAAGCCUGAGGUGGGGGACAACUGGAGGUUAAAGAUCAGCAAUCUCAAGAAAGUCCUUAAAGGUAUCCUUGAUUACAACCAAGAGGUGCUCGGCCAGCAGAUUAACGACUUCAACCUGCCAGACGUCAACCUCAUCGGGGAGCACUCGGACGGCCCCGAGCUCGGCAGGAUGCUGCAGCUCAUCCUGGGCUGUGCCGUCAGCUGUGAGCAGAAGCAAGAAUACAUCCAGGCCAUCAUGAUGAUGGAGGAGUCGGUGCAGCACGUCGUCAUGACGGCCAUCCAAGAGCUUAUGAGCAAGGAGACUCCAGUGACGGGAGGUAACGACUCCUAUGUGGAACUAGACAGACAGCUGAAGAAGACGGCGGAGGAGCUCAAUGAAGCUCUCGCCACCAAGGAUGAGAUCGGUCAGAGGUGCCGAGAGUUGGACAUGCAGGCCCUCCAUGUCCAAGAAGAGCGAGAUAGACUGAGGUUAGACUUUAAUGAACUAGAAGAGAGGGUGACCGCUCUGCAGGAGGAGAAGGGCAGCCUGCUGGCGGAGAACCAGCUGCUGAUGGAGAGGCUGAACCACUCUGACUCCAUAGAGGACGUCAACAGCCCCGCCGGCCGACGACACCUGCAGCUGCAGACGCAACUGGAGCAGCUGCAGGAGGAGACCUUCAGGUUGGAGGCGGCCAAAGACGACUACCGUAUCCGCUGCGAGGAGCUGGACAAGGAGCUGGUGGAGUCGCGCUCCCAGAACGAAGAGUUGACCUCGCUGGCCGACGAGGCCCAGUCCCUGAAGGACGAGAUGGAUGUGCUCAGGCAUUCCUCAGACAAGGUGUCCAAGCUGGAGGGCACAGUGGAGUACUACAAGAAGAAGCUGGAGGACUUGGGGGUCCUCAGGAGACAGGUGAAGCUCCUGGAGGAGAAGAACACCAUGUACAUGCAGAGCACCCUCAGCCUGGAAGAGGACUUGCGCAAGGCCAACGCUGCCAAGGGCCAGCUUGAGACCUACAAGAGACAGGUGGUUGAACUCCAGAACAGACUCUCAGAGGAGUCUAAAAAGGCAGACAAGAUGGAGUUUGAGUACAAACGUCUGAAGGAGAAAGUGGAUUCCCUACAAAAGGAGAAAGAUCGUAUGAGGACUGAGCGAGACUCCUUGAAGGAGACCAUCGAUGAGCUGCAUUGUGUUCAGGCCCAAGAGGGACAGCUCUCCACAGGUUUGUUCCCACUGGCCACUGCGGAGGGCUCUGAUUCGCUGGCUGCAGAGAUCACCACUCCUGAAAUAAGGGAACAUCUCAUCCGUCUGCAGCACGAGAACAAGAUGCUGAAGCUGGCCCAGGAAGGAUCGGACAACGAGAAGAUUGCUCUGCUGCAGAGUCUCUUGGAGGAUGCCAACCGCAGGAAGAACGAGCUGGAGACGGAGAACAGGUUGAUUAACCAGCGUGUGAUCGAGGGCCAGGGUCAGGUGGAGGAGCUGCAGAAGAACCUCCAGGAACAGGGUGUGAAGGCCGACGAUUCUGCUAAUAUAAAGAAGAAGCACCAAGAACACAUGGACAAGCUGCGGGAGUUGAACGAUGAGCUGUUGAAGAAAAAUGCCUACAUCGAUGACCUGGAGCCCAAGUUUAACUCCAACUCCCAACGGGUGGACGAACUGGAAGACGCUCUGAAGAAGAAGGAGGACGACAUGAAGCAGAUGGAGGAGAGGUACAAGAAGUACCUCGAGAAGGCCAAGAGUGUUAUCCGAACACUGGACCCCAAACAGAACCAAGGCUCAGGUCCUGAGGUGCAGGCCCUUAAGAACCAGCUUCAGGAGAAGGACCGAAUGCUCCAUUCGCUGGAGAAGGAGAUGGACAAGACAAAGACCCAGAGAGACUACGAAGAGAAGCUGAUCGUGUCCGCCUGGUAUAACAUGGGCAUCUCGCUGCAGAAGAAGGCGGCGGAGGACCGCCUGGCCAACUCAGGGUCCGGACAGUCCUUCCUGGCCCGCCAGAGACAGGCCACCAGCAGCCGCCGCACCUACCCGGGCCACGUCCAGCCAGCUACCGCAAGCAAUAUCACUGCAUGAACAGCCCUCCUCUAAUCAACUCACACCCUGGCCUGGACCGGCCUGGACUGGACUGGGCCGAGCUGGUCCAGACCGGACCAAAACUGGUCAAAACCAGCCGCUGUCUCGCUGCAUGACGCCAGGCCUGAGCUUGUCCGCCCCUUUGCCUGUGCUUACUGUUUGUUUGGUUUUUGUUUGCAUGAGUCUUUGUUGCGUUUGCGAGCCUGUGCAGUAACCUAGCCAUCCGCCCCAACAUCAGCAUGGUCGCUUAGCAACCGCCUCCCUAUGCAGAGACUAGGUGCGUCCACUUCUGGGACGUCCACCAGAAGGGAGAUGGGGGUCGAUAAACCCCCUCCCUCCACACUACAUACUUUCACGUGUUAUUUUCAGAUCUUCUCUUAUCCUUGAUUCCCUCCUCUAUUGAUCAUCUUUUCAUAUUUCAUCUCAUAUUUUCAUGGGCAAUGGAUGCUUGCUGCUUUUACACGUGGCAAAAUCAUUGGACCUAGCAAUGACCUACGACUGUCUGAACACCUUGACGCUAAACUUUGGACCUCCUUUAAGGGUUCAAUCCCACCUUGUUUUCCUUCUCAUUUCAUUUCAUUACUUUCUCUUUCUGUUUCAGAUCCCGCUUAAAAGCGCAUAGUUAAUAUAAAGAAGAACUAAGGGAAAUCUCAUAUGAAAUUCAACAAAAAAAUAGGAACUCAUUUUGGUUUAUUUUUAAAGACUGAGCUGACAUUUAAGAAACGCUGGGGGCUAUAUUAGUGUUUAUGAGAGUGGUGCAUUAUGCUUCACAUUGUUACAUUCAAACCCGACAACAGUAUUAAAUAGAAAAUGUUAGUGUAUUUACCCGUUAACCUAAGAAACAAAGUCGGGCCUUAACUAUACUUUAUUCACUUUAAGACAGAUAUAUUUUGAGAGAUGGUUUGUUAUCAGAAGGAUAAAUAAAUACAAAUGAGUUGUUUGAUUUGAGAACUUUAUGGAUGAAUACGUUGCAUUUAUUACGGGGUCAUUGAUGGCUUUUACCUUUUUUUUUAUAUGUGGCCCCUUUCUCAAUAUAUUUGCUUAGUAUAUGUAUUCCUAUUUUUGUUUUGCCUGGUAUUUUAUGUAUAUUGCUUGCUUUAAGUUAUUAAUUUGCUGGUUAUACAGCCAUUUGUAUUUCUAAAGUGCUAUUGUUUGUUUUUUGUUUUGUUCUUAAUACUGUUACAGAAUCAGUUAGUGUUUAUGGAGUUUUUUACUAGAACAAAAUAUUAUGUGUUUUUAUUAUGCAAGAAAGGAGAUUAGCGUUAUAUAAUUGCAUUGAAGCGUUUUACUUUUUACAUGAAGUUAAAAAGGCAAAAUCCGUCUCAGUGCAACCGUUGGGAAAAGGAAAAAUGGAUCUUCAGGAAAACAUUAAUAUCUUUGGGACAAAUUAGAUUAAAUGCAUUGACAUUGGCAAAUGGAAGUGCAUUUAAUAUUCACGUGAGAUUGAAACAGACGAGCAGUUUUUCAAUUAUGAAAUGUUGAAACCACCAGGAGAUAGUAGCCGAUUUCAAAUAAAUAAUAAUUAACAAUAGUUUUUCCCACGUAGAACUAGCUGUCUGAAUUUAAGAACAACCAUCCUAUUUUUCCAAACUCUGUAGGUAAAAAAAAAAGUAAAUGCAAUGCAAUCAUGACUCAUUUACAAUGUUAAUGCCGUUAUGGUAUAGUUUGUCGAUUUUUAUUUUAUUUUUUAUUUUUUGCAUGUCUCUUAUUCUAUCAUUUUUUUUUCGUACCUAUUGCCGUUAACGUCUCCAGUUGAAUCCGUAAAUGAGGGAACAUCCAGAACUUUCCUCCCCGUCCAACACCAUGCCUCAUUUUCACCUGGACGUCACCGUGGUGACGGUGGGAGAAUCGGGAUACCGUUUCCCGGUAUUCCCGCUCCCAAGGAGAGCCGGUUGAGUACUCUUGAGAGACCCUUCCACAGGAAGGGUCUCUUUGUUUCGAGACGUACUUCAGACGGGCAGUGCUCAUUCAUUCAAUAUCAAAAAAGACCUCCAUAUUUGUUACUUUUUUCCCCACCCAAUAGCAAAAGAGAACUUAUUAUUGGCUAUUGGAAGAUUCCACCUUUCUUGUUUCAAGCACUCUUCAUGCAGCAGUAUCAAUACCGCCAUCUGUGUUAGGGAAACCAUUGUUUUUGACCAUGGUGACAAAAACUAGAAUUGCUUGACUUGGUGCAACCGUCAAGAUACCGUUACAUAUGUAUUAUAGAGGGUUAACAUAACCCGUUUGGAAGGUUAGCAUCCCUCACACCUUGUGCAAUGGUUGUUCUAUUUCUUUUUUAUCAAUAGGAUUUUUUUUUAUUUUACAUUUAAACUGAAGUAGCAUAUAACCUUUCAAUUUGCCAAGUUUUAUAUUGCUUGUAUACAAACACACCAUGUACAUAUUGUGUUAGGAGGACGUUUGAGUAUGGUGGUUGCUGAGUGGCUGUGGUCGGAUGGGAUUCACACAGAAUCUGUCAAACCACAGCCUGUCGAUUAAAGAAAAAACAAGUGCUUCCCACACUGCAGAUUUUGGAAAAACAACAUUGUAAAUAAAGCUUGUAUAAAACGUAA